AAAUACUAAAACGUCUUUUCUCGUAUUGGCUCUUUGCAGAGAAAUUCCUGGGCCAGCACAAUCCGGGACAUCGGAACAGCACCAGCAGCGAGGCAACCAGCGAGGACAUCAAUUCCAGCGACGAGCACCUGAACAAGCCCAAAUGCCGAGCUGGCAACAAUUCUGGCAAUCAUCAGAGUAGCGGCAACAGCAACAACAAGUCGCGCUCGAAGCGCCAGCAGAAGGGGCAGGCGUUGAAGCAGACGCCUGGACAGAUGCAGGUGCAGAUACAGGUGCAAGUGCCACAGGAGCAGCAACAGCAACUGCAGCAGCAGCAGCAGCAGCAGCCGAACAAAGCCAACGGCAAGUGCAAGGGCAAGUGGCGCAACAACAACAACAACAACAACAAUAAUAAUAAUAAUAGCUGCAACAAUAACAACAACAACAACAACAAUAACGGCAACAAUUGCAAUAACAACAACAGGCUGCACAACAACCACCACAACAACAACAAUAACAACAACAACGGGCACGGCAACAACAACAUGAAAUUCAACAGCUCCAAUUCCUCAUCAGCUGUGAGCUCACCUGGUGGCUCACCCAUUGGCAGCAUCUGCAGCAGCAUACGCAACAACAACAACAACAUCAACUACAACAACAACAACGGCAACUACUACAACCAUAACAACAACAACAACAACAAUAAGCAUGGAGUAAAAUCGAUAACCAGCUGGCAACGCGAAGAGCGCCAGCUGCACAAGGCUCAACAGCGUCAGAAUUUGAAUUUCCUGGUGCCGCCGCUGCGUCAAUACGAGCGCCUGGACAUUGAUGAUGAGGCGCUGAUGCGCCAGCUGCGCCGCUAUCUGAUCGAUCAGAAUCUGUUGCGCGUGUACGGCUUCCCGGUGGCCAGUGUGGUGCACGACGGGGCCAUCGAGAUCUUCAAGUGUCUGCCGCACAUGAGCUUCGCGGCCGCCCAUGUGAUGGCCGUGGCCGAGUCGGCAUUGACGGUGAUCAAUUGCCAUGAUGGCCUGAAUACGAGCCAAUUCGAAUAUGUGGUUGGCGGCCAGGAGGUUGGCCAUCCCGACGAGCUCAUUGGCGGCGGCACUGGCCGCAUCAGCAGCAGCAGCAACAGCACAGCAACAACAUCCACAGACUCGGGCAACAUAUCGCCACGUUCCCUCGACUCGGAAUCGGGCGGCGAAUGGAGCGGCAGCGAAUGCGAAUCGGCACCCAGUGCCGAGAUCAGCUACGCGCUGGAGCUCUAUUGCAACUACCCGAUGGUGGAGCGCACCCUGGCCAAGCAGUGUGUGCGCUGCAAGCGCGAGUUCCUGGUGGACGAUCUGAGCGGACAGUAUUUGACGCGCGAGGAGUGCACAUACCAUUGGGGCAAGUACCAUCGCUGCUACGACGGCAAUGUCUGGGUGAGCCGCUGGACCUGCUGCAAUGGCACCGAGGAGAGCGAUGCCGGUUGCACGCAUCACGAUCUCCAUGUGUGGACCGGAUCGGUGGUGGGCGUGAAUGGGCCCUAUCAUGAUUUUGUCCAUACACGACCGCGCAGCGGCUCGUCGGCCCGCAACCGUGAGCCGCCCGCCGUCUAUGCGCUCGACUGUGAGAUGAGCUAUACGGGCCGCGGCCUGGACGUCACCAAAGUAUCGCUGGUGGCCCUCAACGGGCAGCUGGUGUACGAGCAUUAUGUGCGACCGGAUGCCGAUAUUGUUGAUUAUAAUACACGCUUCUCGGGCGUCACCGCCAAGGAUCUCAAGGCGAACGGCUGCAAGUCGCUGGCCGAGGUGCAGCGCGAUCUGCUGGAGCUGAUCGAUGCGGACACCAUACUGAUCGGACAUGGGCUGGACAAUGAUCUGCGCGCCCUGCGCAUCGUCCACAAUACGCUGAUCGACACAUCCAUUGCGUUUCCACACACAAGCGGAUUCCCCUAUCGCCGGGCCCUGCGCCACCUGACCAAGACGCAUCUCAAUCGCGAGAUCCAGAGCGGGGACGGUGCCACUGGACACAGCAGUUUCGAGGAUUCACGCGCCUGCAUGGAGCUGAUGCUGUGGCGUGUACGCCGUGAACUGGCCUCCGGCGCUGCCUGGGAGGAUUAGAUUAGUCUGUAUAGCCUCAACCCACCCCCCCCACGAAACACUCACACACACACACACACACACACACAAAGACGUCCAAGCUCUGGCCACGGGGCGGGUCACAUUCACUGUAUCGUAUCGUAUCAGAUCUAUGGGCGGGGCAACCCAAGUACUUUUAGUCUGU